GCAGGCAGGGCGGUCGGCAGCAAUCUGCUUUCAUCAAUGGAAAAAUGCAUUAACGGUGGAGAGCAUUGUUUUGUUUGUGUCAGCGCAAAUGUGUGGAAUUAUGUGUAAUAACAGACGCUUCAACCUCAGGGCAAAAUUAUGGGGAUUGUGCAUUCUCCUGCUUUUCAUCAGCCCUUUUCCCUGCUUUUCAAAUUUCAGCCAAGCAAAAGAAAUCGUCUAUAAAAUAAAAGAAGGAUUACCCAAGGGGAAAAUAAUAGGGGCCAUCGGUGCUGACCUGGAACUGGAUUUCUCUGUUGAUCCCCCGCUUUUAUUCAAUCUGGCCCUAAAGAAAUUCAGUGAACGCUAUGUGAGUCUAAACAGCACGACUGGGGAACUGUAUACUUCAGAAAAUGAAAUGGACAGGGAGGCUCUUUGCCCAGGCCUCCCGGAUAGCCAAGAUUGCUUCUUGGCCCUGGAUGUGUUCAUUCUGCCCCAGCAAUAUUUCCAGUUGGUGAAGAUCAGAAUUAUUGUGGAGGACAUCAAUGACAACAAGCCCAGCUUCCCCGUGCAGGAGAUCCACGUGUCUGUCCCAGAAAAUGCGCAGGUGAACUCCAGAUUUGCCGUGGAGCAGUCAGCAGUUGAUCCCGAUGCAGGGAUUUACGGAGUUCAGACCUACUGGCUAGUGAACGACUAUGGGGUCUUCACCCUGGACGUGGAGGAGAAUGACAGCGGUGAGCUGACCCCGUUUUUGAUUGUAACUGGUCCCCUGGACCGAGAGACCAAGAGUGAGUACACGACAAGCAUCAUUGCCGAGGAUGGGGGAUCUCCGCCCCUAUUAGGCACCGCCACCCUGAAAAUAAUGAUUAUAGAUGUGAAUGACAACUGCCCUCAGUUUACAGAAUCGGAGAUCAAUGCCACCGUGAAUGGAAACUCUACAGUAGGCACACACAUAGCUCGUGUUCAUGCAUAUGAUCCUGACCAGGGUGAAAAUGCCCAGAUAACAUAUGUUUAUAGUGAGAGAGUGCCAAUAGGUGUAAAGGAAAUGUUUAGUCUUGACAAAGUCACUGGUGUCAUCAAGUUGGCCAGUAAAAUAGACACAAACACCAGCAAAUUCUACAAGCUUUCAGUUCUUGCAAAGGGACCAGGUUGCAUACCUGCCCUGGCUACACUGACACUGCAUGUCAUCAAAGUGGUCUUUGGUCCACCAGCUUUGAUGCCGCGGUACAUUGCCCAUGAAGAUGAUGGAAUUGUGUUUCUGAAGGAGUCUGAGCCAGCUAACUCUCCAGUUGCGUUUUUCACUGUGAAAAAUACUGAUAGGCAGCAACAGAUUGACUGUCAUUUGGAGGGUGAUGGUCCUUUCAAGUUGUCCCCCUACAAGCAAUUUAAAGAUGAGUAUCUACUAGAAACAACCAAUGCUUUGGACUAUGAGAAAAAUAAGGAGUAUGAACUUUCUGUGGUGGUGAAGAACUACCAAGGUGUGCUGAUAAAAAUGUUUGUCAAAAUACAGGUGAUUGAUGAGAAUGACAAUGCACCCAUUUUCGAGCAGUCUUUGGUCAACCUGUUUAUUGAGGAAAACAAUCCUCCAAAUAUGUUCCUUACCAAACUGCAUGCCACUGAUAAAGACAGCAAGGAGAGGGGAGAGGUUGUGUACCUGCUGGGAUCUGAUGCUCCGUCUAUUUUCGCACUGGAUCGAGUGACAGGGGUUCUUGUAGCAUCAACAUCAUUAGACAGGGAGGAGAAGGAAAAAUACAGCUUUACAGUGAGGGCUGUGGACCGUGGAACCCCCCGCCAGGAGACCUUUGCCACUGUCACCAUAAUGGUGUUGGACCAAAAUGACAACAGUCCACGAUUCAUCAACAAAGACUUCACAUUCUUCAUCCCUGAGAACUUCCCGGGAUUUGGAGAGAUUGGAGUGCUUUCUGUGACCGAUGCUGAUUCAGGAAAGAAUGGCUGGGUGGCCCUGUCGAUUGUGAAUGGAAGUGACAUUUUUGUUAUUGACACCGGGAGAGGGGUCUUGAGAGCCAAAAACCCUCUGGACAGAGAGCAGCAGGGCACCUACUACCUGUGGAUUGAGGCAGUGGAUGGUGGGGAGCCCUCGCGCUCCUGUGUCACCAUGGUCACUGUUUUGCUUCUGGACGUCAACGACAACCCUCCUACAGUUCUAUUCCCGCAGUCCAAUCAAUCCUACAUGCUAGUGCUGCCCAAUACUCUCCCCGGGACAUCUAUAACUGAGGUGUACGCCAUUGACAAAGACACUGGUAUGAAUGCUGUGAUAGUUUACAGCAUCAUCAAAAGGAAGGGAGGGGAACCAGGGUCAUUCGAUAUCGAUCCCAACACGGGUAACAUUACUUUGCGGAAAACGUUAAACUACAGGGGCCUUUACAGCCUGCUGGUCAAAGUCAGCGAUCACGGUCAGCCUGAACCACUCUACACCAUGGUCAUGGUCAAUUUCUUUGUCAAUGAAACGGUGAGCAACGAGAGCUACAUACAAAGUCUUUUGACCAAAGAAGCCGACAUGGAAAUGGAGAGUAUUAUGAGGAGACUUAUCGAUCAGCCUUCAAGAAAUAAGGAUUUUCCUUGUCAGACUGUCCUGAUUGGACUUUCUACUGCAUGCCUGGGGCUGCUACUGACAGUGAUCACACAAGCUGCCUACAUGUGCAGUAAAAGAGUGAAGAAACACCGAAAGAGAGGGAAGAGAUCAGAGGCCGAAAUUCCCUUAAAGAUUAACAGAGACUUUCAGACAGCGGACAGAGGGUUUUCGGAAAUGUCUAAUAUAUAGCCACCAUUAUAGUAUUGUUCACCGUUAACAGAACAGUGUCAGGUCAAGGUUGACUUAAUCUGUAAGAAAAAAAUUAGAAGAGUAUAUGACACGCUGCCAGCCUAACCAGGACAAGCAGUUAGCAAAAAUGAGUGAGUGGGUGGAUAUAUAACACUUCUUUACAAUAUUUAAAUAGGCCUACUCAUAAACUGUAAUUCAUUAAUGCAACUUGAAAGGUCAAGUGAUUGCAAACUGCAUUUGGGAUUACCAAAAUGAGAUAUUUUUACUGCGUAAAACAUAAAUAUCAAUAUGUGUCUCAAAAGG